GAAGAGGAUGUUCGCGUUGCUAUAUCUAUCAACAUUUGUUUGAUGUUAAAUAAGCUUAUGGGAUCAGAUUAUAAUUUUUCAAAACGUCCACCUACUUCUCCUGGCAUACCGGACUUCACCUGUCAUCUCGUGGGUUCGUUGAUCUUGGUGAUUGAGGCAAAAAGAAAGCAUGUUUUAGAAGACAUGGGUGAACAGACAUUUCCCGAGUUUUAUAAUACGAGUAAGGGCAAGGAUGCAUAUGCUUAUCUAACUCGACAGGCGAAAGAGAAUCCCAACUCUCCUAAACCUCAAGUACUAGUGCCGGCUCAAGGGGAUAAUAAUUCACGUACUCUUCGAUCAAACUCAAAAUCAUCAUCCAGCUCUUCAUUAACUAAUCAGGCUUCCAGCACCUCUGCGAAUCAACAAUCGUCAUCCGCCUUUGGCGCUUCCAAUGUAGACCAGGAAAAGUUUAGCUUUGCAGACUUCAAGUUUAAGAGCAUACUAGGUGAAGGACGAAGUGGAAAAACGCUCCUAUGCGAAUUUCGUGGUGAAAUGAUUGCUUUGAAGAGUGUAGACCUAUCGAAGGCUCCAUCGUAUGUUCUGGAAGAAAUGCAGAAAGAAGUAGAUAUGUAUAAAGAUCUAGCUGAUAUUCAAGGCAAGUAUAUCCCAAAGCUGGUCUGUUAUGGAUAUUAUGGAGGAGGCAUGAGCUUCGUUAUCGGCUUAACCAUUGUUGGCACUAUGUUGAGCGACCAAAAAAUAACGGAACAGCAAAAGUCAAGGGCUAUUAAGGGAUUAGAAGCAAUCCACAAGCAUGGUAUCCUCCAUAAUGAUAUUCGGGAGGAAAAUAUCUUAAUUAACGAUGACGGUGACGUCUAUCUGAUUGACUUCGGUAUGGCAAGUCGGGAGGACACAAAAAAGAAGAGAAAACUUUUCGAGGAGGAACAGCUCAAAUACUCUAACUUGCUAGAUAGAUAUAAUACUCAUUUCGUAAAGAACGCAGGGCGAAUUUCCAAGUCACGUAAAUGUCAGGUGGUUAAUUAGACUGUAGGAUUAGAUAUAGCAUAGAACUAUCAUGUAUCCUGGACAAGGUCCCGAACAUUUGUAUUUAUUUAUAAUAAUAAAAGAAUUGAAUUUUUGCA